UUCAUCGCCAGAAACGAAACAAUCAUCAUCAGAGAGAGUUGUUCAAUCAGUUUGAAUGGCGAGUUACAAGCUUCUCCUUCUGUCCUUCGUUCUUCUCUUCCUCGUUCACCAUGUGCUUAGCGACGACGACAUUGAUGAAGAAGACGUUCUUUUCAUAGGCAUCAACAGCUACAGAACGUCACAGAAUCUCAAAGCUUUAAACAACAACGAGAACGCAGAGUGUCUAGCCGACGAAAUCGCUGAUCAACUCAAGUACAAGCCAUGCACCAACGACACUGGCUCAGCCGCAGUACCUGGAACCGAGCCACAGUUCGCAGACUACCCUAAUCUUCUUGCUAAAUGCCACUUAAGCGUCUCUGACACAAGGGACGGCUUGAUCAUGCCUGCAUGUGUUCCUUUCUUAGAGUCGAGCUUAAGCCUCGUCCUCACAAACUACACCAAGUCAAAAUACUCGUCGAGUUUGAAUGAUUCUAAGUUUACAGGGAUGGGUAUUGGUAAAGAAGAUGAUUGGAUCGUUGUGGUUCUCACUACCAACACACCGCAAGGAAGCUUCUCUGCAGCUACUAAAGUGGAUUCUAGUGGCUUUACCUUUGCUAUUGGCUUCUUUAACUAUGUGCUUGUUUUCAUCUUCUCAUUUUGUUUCUUCCUUUGCUGAAAAUAUCUAUCACAUGUUUUCAACUCUUCCUACUAUUGUAUAUCAUAUCAAAAUCAUAUCUGCUUGUGAUAUUCACUAUUUUUCUUUACAUAAACCAAAUAUAUUGUGAAAG